CUCUAGGGGGCAGAGCUCGGGAGCCGGCGAUUUCCCAGACCCGCCUUCUUCGGCCUGGGAAAGCUAAAGCGUGGCAGGGGCCGGGCUGGAGAAGCGGAGAAGGCGGGUCUCCAUAGAAACCUCCACCUGUUUCCGGCCAGGCUGUGCGAGAUUAGGGGCUGCUGCGGGGGCCAAUCUCAGUCGCCUCGCUUCUUCCCAGCGGCCUCUGCGGGAGCGGUGGGUGUUGUACACAAUCAUCAUGGCGGCGGCCGGAGCCCCGGAUGGCAUGGAGGAGCCCGGCAUGGACACGGAAGCCGAGGCCGUGGUCACUGAGGUGCCCACGCGGCCCCUCAACUGCGUGGAGGCCGAAGCCGCGGCGGGGGCGGGGGCGGCGGCCGAGGACUCCUGCGACGCGCGAGGCAGCCUGCAGCCGCCCGCCCCGGCCCAGCCCCCCGGGGACCCCACGGCCCAGGCCUCGGUGAGCAACGGCGAGGACGCGGGCGGCGGCGCGGAGAGGGAGCUGGUGGAUCUGAAGAUCAUCUGGAACAAGACCAAGCACGACGUGAAGGUCCCCCUGGACAGCACCGGCUCCGAGCUCAAGCAGAAGAUUCACUCGAUCACAGGUCUCCCACCUGCCAUGCAGAAGGUCAUGUAUAAGGGGCUUGUCCCUGAAGAUAAGACAUUGAGAGAAAUAAAAGUGACCAGUGGAGCCAAGAUCAUGGUGGUUGGCUCCACUAUCAAUGACGUUUUAGCAGUAAACACGCCCAAAGAUGCUACCCAGCAGGAUGCAAAGGCUGAAGAGAACAAGAAGGAGCCCCUCUGCAGGCAGAAACAACACAGGAGAGUGUUGGACAAAGGGAAACCUGAAGAUGUGAUGCCAUCUGUUAAGGGUGCCCAGGAGCGCCUGCCAACCGUACCCUUGUCUGGCAUGUACAAUAAGUCUGGAGGAAAGGUGAGACUCACCUUUAAGCUAGAGCAAGACCAGCUGUGGAUUGGCACUAAAGAGCGGACUGAAAAACUACCCAUGGCUUCCAUUAAAAACGUGGUCAGUGAGCCUAUUGAGGGACAUGAAGACUACCACAUGAUGGCAUUUCAGUUGGGCCCCACGGAAGCCUCUUACUACUGGGUGUACUGGGUUCCAACUCAAUAUGUGGAUGCAAUCAAAGACACUGUGCUGGGCAAAUGGCAGUAUUUUUGAAAGCACUUUCACCUCUGGCCCAGGAGACUGACCCAAAGUGAAGGACAUUGCCGGGAGAGGCCUGCAGCAUCCCUGGAUUUCAGAGUUCUGGAACUUUGUUCACACACAUACAAAUCUCUAUUCAAUCUGAGGUGAUGUGGUGACUGAAGCCAGAGGUGAUGUACUUUCACCAUUAGCUUAAUUUUAACUUAAAAUCACCAGUUCCCUUUCUUGCAGUCAGCUUCAUACCAUUUUUAAAGUCAAUAUGGUGGAAAUCAAUAAAUCUGAGUUCCGAACAUGUUGUGUGGAAUACUCUUCAGUCUGUUUGAGAGUAGACCUGCCACUUAUGCUGAGAAGGGAAUGAUCAAAGCUUUCUGGUUGUUUUCUUGCUUUUGUUUUUUAGAAGUAAUUUCAUCUGAAAUAUUUUCAUAAAUCUUUGGUUGCAAACAUUUGGACUGCGUUGUGAUGUGUUGGGGUUUGUUUUUUUCCUAUGGUAUAAAACUAUAUGCAAAAUGGGGGGGUAGUAAGCCAUAUUUUUCUGUCCAUUGAUACAGAUUUAAUUCUUUUUCAAGAUUUCACACUUUCCUAAAGUUUUAUUUUAAAACCCAAAGAUGUCAGUUCCUCUUUUGGUACCUCAUCCUUGACUUCUUGCCAGGUUCCUCCCUCGUGCUGCUGCUGUGUGGGAAUGCACGUAGGAGAGGAAGAACUGGUGGUCUUGGUCAGGGGCUCCCACCUUGCUGUGGUGUCCGUUGAGCAGCAAAGUCUCUCCCACGUGACUCCUGUGACACGUCUUGCCCUUUGGGUCCUCUUCUGGGGAGUUCACUGCUGGUGGCGGGUCGUCGGCAGCCCUCCCUGAGCUUGGCUUUGAGGCUCAUCCUGGCAUAGGUGAGCCUGGGCUGUACUGCUAGAGCCCAGUCAAGGAAGAGGCAGUAGCCGUGGAACCACACAUCCACACACGUUUCUUUGAUAGUUUUCUAGAACUCCUUUGGCAGUCCAGUGGUUAUUUCAAUUAUGCUUCUCCAUUGGGCCUUCUGCUCAUGCAUUACGUUUAAGUGUCCUUCAUCCCAGGUUCAGAGAUGCUGCCUUUCUCAGUAGGAGACAUCUGACCUAAUGGGUUGGCCGCUGGGAUCUGAACAAUAGCAGUGGGAUAAGUUGCUUUCAUGAUCAGCUCACCCUCUUCUUUAGUCCUGACUUUCUUUGUACACGUGAACCUCUGUUGUCUCCGUAUGCCUUGACUGACUCUGAAAUGAGGGACGGUCUUUUGGUGGCUGAUCCCUUUGUGCUAUUUGCUGUUUCUCUGCUGCUGUCUUAGCACUUCUCCUCUCUCUGCGUGCAGGCUCUCAUAGUAAGGGUUGGCGAGAAACCACCCAGCAUCACACUUUGGACUCUUAAGCUGUUGCCCGCCCUCAUUCUGUGAAGUGUAUUAGCAUGUGUUCGCCUAAGAUGACUAUUCCUUGUGAGCCAGUUAAUGCUGAUAUCCUACACCCUUCCCUUCUAGGCUGUAGUUGUGGAAUCCAGCCUACAUAGACAGACUUGCUUUUUGUGGUGUACUCAGUGCCAAGUUCUGCAUCUGGACAGGAAGAAUCUACUCUCUGCUUCAGGGGGUGUGAGUGCAGCCGCCUUGGGGCUGCCUGUUUGCAUUGCUUGAAGAGGAACGGUCACUGCAGCUUUUCUGUUUCUGCUGGCCUGCAGUUCCUGGAGAAGAGCGAUCUUGCCCCUGUCCCAGCCCUCUCCUGCAGAUGGCAAGUGACAGAGGAAGUGACUGAGUAGCAAGUAGAGCAUCAUCUUGUUUUGAAUACUGUCCUUUUCCUUUGCCAAUAUCCCUGUCCUCAAGACAUGUCUGACAGUGCCACACACCCAGUUUUGGCCUCUCAGAGCAGGCCUCUUUGUUGCCAGGUGAGCUGUGAGGCCCCUCCUGUCAGUACCCCAUUAGCUCUCCCAGCGUACUCUGCUGCCAUUGUUGUGCCCCCCCCCCCCCCCCCCCCCCCCCCGCUGCAAAGGGCCAAACCGCUUCUCACUCAGGCUGGUGUCACUUCAAGAGGACCAAAGCCUCUGUGAGCCUUUUUAUUUUCAGUAAAAUGGUGCUUUUUUCCUUACUUCGAAAUAUUCUAUAUAAAUAAUGUAAAUGACACCUUUUCAUAUGGAGUUGAGUAUUGCUUUCCAGAGCUCACUAAAUCUACCAGUCUUGAGCUCUUGCUCCUGACCCUGCCCUCAAGGAAGGCCUUGCUGGAAACUCUCAGGAGGGCAGAGGCAGGCAGCACUAGAAGCCUCUGGGAGAAGUGAUUAGAUCUGUGCCUGGGUCACAGCAGUAUUCACUAUUUUGUCACUCAGUCCUGUGAGCAGUCUCUUUAUAUAUUUCUUACUGUCUGGAGUACACUGACUAAAUCUGUGUGAGCAAAUUGAAGUCUUCUUCCCUUUCAGUAGCAUCACAGUGUUUAUUUUCCUCCUCAGGAUUAUUUCUGUACAAUUCCUUCACUGUCAGCUGAGAGAGGACUAGAACUUCCCCUGCUUGUGGUAGGGUCAUGCAGGUGGCUCUCCAGGAGAAGCUAAAUGGGUCCUACCCAUAGCCAGACUGAUGUGGGGCUUGUCAUGCAGCUUUCCCUUCUGGGUCAGUACUGGCUCUGCCUUAUAGGCCUGCCUUCCUUUUCCUCUCUGAGGAGACUUGACAGAAUAAUGUGACCAUAUAAUCCCUGCUGGACCUGGUCCUCUCAACUUUGUUUCAGUCAGAUGAAGGCUUAAGAGUUGCUGGAGUCUUUGGUGUGAAGGGUUGGAAUGUAUGAAGUAUUGGAGUAUAUGGAGAGCCUUUGCAAGUUAGCAUUGGCUCUUAAAUGAAGUUUAACUGGGCUAAGGAUGCACUUUCUUGUCAUCUUGUGACAUAGUAAGGGUACAGUAACAUCAUCAGGAGCCUCCUAGUUGAUGCUUUUACCUUAGGAGGGCCAAACAAUAGUUUGGUUGGCUAUGUUGCCAUGUCUCAGAAAAGUUGCCAUAUUUCACCCAGAAGGGAAUUUUUCUUCUUACUCUCAACACGUGCCUGGAGAAGCUGUUGUGGGCUCUUGUGAUGGCCCACCCUUUCUUUGCCAGAAGCUCAGAAGGGAAAGGGAUAGGGCCACAUGCCAAGGAUCUUGCAAGGACAGGCUUUCAUCCACCUGCUGGGAGCACCAGCAUUCUCGCUCCUCAUUCAUGCCUGUUCUCCUGGAAAAGGACGGUUCCUCUCUCUUCAGGCUUUGUAAUAGAGUCACCUUUCCUUAAGAUUGGCCUCUGUUUCCUUCUUUGUAGGGCUUAGCAGCCUCUUUGAAGUUACAGUGGUCAGGAGCCCCUGAUGGGCAGGACAUCUGGCAAGUGGGCCUGCCACACUGGGUAUUUCUACUGCUUUCUUGGUGUCUAACAACUGUUUUGUUUUCCUUUCUUAAAGAGUUCUGCAGUUAUUUGACGUUAUAUGUAAGUGCCAUGUUUCCUUGUGGUGUACACUCUAUUCUGGUUUAAAAUUAAAAUGCCUGUUUGGGAGGAGAUGAACGUAUUUAGUCUAUUAGAUUUGCGCUGCUGGAUUUUUUUUAAUUAAAGUGUAACCUUGACUAGCUGUCUUAUUGUUUAUCCUGUAAGAUUAGUCUAUCAAUUAAAGUUUGAUAAUUAA